AUGGGUACAAGUGUGAAGAGAUUCAUGUUCAAGAAAGCGAAAGGUACGAAAAGAUUAGAGGGUUUAUCAAAGAAGAUCAAAGAACUCAGUAUACUGUGUGACAUCGAUGCAUUCCUUGUUUGCUAUGAUGGAGAUGAUACUUCGUCGUCUUCGUGCUGCUACACAUGGCCUGAGGACCCAAAGGCUUGCCUCUCACUGAUUCAGAAAUACAAGAAAAACUUGGCCACUAUAAAACAUUGCAAUGGUUGUUCGUCUCGUUCGUCCAAGAAAGCGCAAGAAUGUGAAAGAUUGAAUGUGGGUUUGCAAAAGAAAGUUCAAGAUAGUGAAGAAUUCAAGAUUGAUUUGCGCAAGAAACUGAAAGAAAGUGAAGAAUCACAUGUGGGUUCCUCCAAGAAAGCGGAAAAAGGUGAAGAACAUAACACAAUUUAUGGUGCUACGACUAUAGAUUUUGUGAAUAUUGGAAUGGGGGUUGGAGUAGAUGAACGGCAAGAAUUACUAUCCCGGAUUGAUCAGGUAAAGUUGGAUGUGGAGGAACGAAUACGCUUCUUGACGAUGACUAAUCAGAAUAAGGUGAUAAACAGAGAAGAAGAGACUCUGGUUUUGCAAGACAUGAAGAAACAAGAAAAUCAAGGUGAGAAGAAAGGUCCAAACCAAGACUGGAUGAUGGGUACUAGAAGUUAUUCUGGUAUGCUAAAUUCUAUUAUUCUUGAGAAUGAUGCUCUUGAUGCUAAUUUAGCAAGUUUGCAUGGACAUGAUGAUCUCAUGGAAAGCCGUGGCUGUAUGAUGGGUUUUGAUAGCUUUUCUGGUUUGCUAGAUUCCAUUGUUCUUCAGGGUUGUGCUCCUGAUGCCAAUUUAACAAGUUUCCAUGGACAUCGUGGUCUCAUGGAAAGCAACAACAGUAUGAUGGGUUGUGAUAAUUAUUGUGGUUUUCUAGACUCUACUGUCCUCGAGGGUUGUGUUGGACUUGGACCCAUCGAUGAUGACAGGAUGAUGAGUUGUUUUUAUGGACAUGGUGGAUUCAUGUAUAGAAACGAAUGGAUGAUGGGUUGUGAUAGGUAUUCCGGUUGUUGA